UUUUUUCCUAAGUUGAAAUUUCACACCAAAAAUUGACUAUUACUCCUCUUUAAAACUACUUGUAUAUCAGUAUAUGACAUCCCUAUUCCCAAAAUUAGAUCACCCCCUCAAAGUCCUUACACAAUUACGCCCAAAUACAAAAACAGGAACUAUAAUGACAUCGGUUAAUCCCGGUACCCAACCGGUCGUCUUGGCAUUCGACCGUCAAGACGAUGUCAAAAAAUUCGAAAACACAAAACUAGGAGUUAAAGGCCUAGUCGAUUCAGGUGUCACCCAAAUCCCUUCCAUCUUCCACCACCCUCCAGAAAACCUGGUCGAUACGGGAAACUCAGCACCCGACACGGGUUCGGGUGCUGAUCCAAUUCCCGUUAUCGACCUAUCCGGUCCAACACCAGAGGUGGUGGACCAAGUCCGUAAAGCCGCGGGUACAUACGGGUUUUUUCAAGUGAUAAACCAUGGAGUCCCAGUUUCUCUCCUUGAUCGGCUCGUAAAAGCCGUUAAGGCAUUUCAUGAACUCCCGGCUGAAGAGAGGAUGAAGCAUUACCGGAGAGAUAUGACAACCGGUGUUAACUACUUUUCGAACGUUGAUCUCUUCGUAUCAAAAGCUGCCAGCUGGAGGGAUACGUUGCAACUUCGGUUGGGUCCUAUUAUGGCUGAUGUUGAUUCUAUUCCGGAUAUUUGCAGAAAUGAGAUUCUUGAAUGGGAUAAGGAAGUGAAACAGCUAACUGAGAAGCUAUUGGGACUAUUCUCUCAAGGAUUGGGAGUGAAAGCCGAUAAGUUGGUAGAGAUGUCAUGUUCAGGAGGAAAAGUUAUGGUUGGACACUACUAUCCUUAUUGUCCCGAGCCUAACAAGACAGUUGGGAUCGCGUGCCAUACAGAUCCCGGUGUUCUCACUGUGCUGCUGCAGGAUCAAGUUGGUGGGUUGCAAAUUAAACAUCAAGGAAAUUGGGUGAAUUUCAAACCAGUCCAUGGUGCACUUGUUAUUAAUGUUGGUGACUUGCUUCAGAUCCUCUCGAAUGAUAAGUACACGAGUGUAGAGCACCGAGUGUAUGCUAAUCCUCAGCAUGAACCACGGGUGUCAAUUGCUGUGUUCUGCAACCCGAGCAAGAGGGAUGACUUGUAUGGACCAUUACCAGAGAUAGUAUCGCCUGAAGAGCCUGCACAUUACCGGCAAUUCACAUACUCAGAAUUCAUUAACAGGUUUUUAAAAAAGGAACUGGAAGGAAAGACCUUGGCCAAAUACUUCAGUUUAGAAAACUAGUGAUUAAUCUUGUUCGGAUGAUUUGUGAUCAUGUAAUUGCUCGGCAUGAUUGUGUAGUUAAUCUAUGAAUCAUUUGGUUCCGUUUAUGUACUGAUGUAUACUCUUUCUUGUCAGAAUUGUGGUUAACCUGUAUUUAUUUUUAGCCUUCCAUCACUAAACAUGUUAUCAUUUUAAUGAAAAACAGAACAUUCAGAGUUGUGGUUA